AUGUUCGUCCUCAUGUCCAAGAAAGCCGCGGCGAAGGUGCCACCGCCGACAGCUCCAGCAGCGCAGUCGUCAGCCCGGACGCAGAAUGCUUGCGACGCAUGCCGACUCCGAAAGUCGAAGUGUGAUGGCCAAGUACCCUGUGGUCGUUGUAAGGCAAGGCAUCUCGUCUGUACCUCUUCUCGUAGGCACCCGAAGGCUUCUGGCCCGAUCACAGAAGAUCACGUCGCCACUCUUCAAGAGCAGCAAAGACGGCUCGCACGAGCGAUCUCAAGAAUGGCCACUGUCAUCAAGCAGGCUGAGUCGCGAGGUUUUGUAGAAGAUAGCGCCAGUGCCACCGACUCAGAACUCUCUACCCUCGACAUGGCAGAUCUUCUACAACGGUUCGCCCCUGACGAUGCCGCCGAGCAAAGCAGCUCUCCGGCGAACGAGACUGCGCUGCCGGCGAAGAAACGGAAGCUCCAAGUAUCCACGGAGUCUGAUCACGACAUGGACGUUGCAAUGGGUGACACCCCACUCGUGGCGAAAGAUGAAAAGGACUAUCGGUCCAUCGAGAGAUUCUUCGCGUCAGUACAACAGCACAACAGCAAUAUCAAUCCAGAGUCAACAGGAGACAUGCUGAUGCCAGAGAAUGCUGGAAUGCAGCCGUCUCAAUCAUUACCUGCCUCAAAUCCUCCAAACAUGCCAUUGCCUGGGCCUGGGGACAGCUCGGCGUUCGAAUUUCACCCACAAAUGGUGCCCUUUAUGGAUCUGGUGGACUGGGAUGCUAGCCUUGAACACUUCCUCCACAACGAUCAGUACGGCAACGGCAGCUUCGGGUUGGAUUUUGGAGCCGGUGAUUUUGGAGUCUGGGAUGGGACAUCGUAG